CCAAAAUCCAUCUGAAAUUAAUACUAUCUACUGUCUCUGCUUGUAAUUUUUAAAAAUGGUAAGAAAUCACUUUGGUUCACAUAUUGGUAUAUUAAUUUUGUAUUAAUAACAAAGAUUAUUCAACCCAUUUAUUGCACAAUAAUUGUUCUAAUUAAGUGUUUAUCAACGAAAUUUUUAGUUCGAGUAAUAAGUUACUGUAUACCCAUAUUGUUUAUGUUCCAUUAUUUAAGUAAAGAAGAAAAUAUAAGGUUGGGCGUUUAAACGUUGUUUUCAGUUUUUAAACAGUGCUUUGGUUUAUCUGCAGAUUUAUUGUAAGAUUUUAUAUAAAUAUUCAGUUUAAUUCGAAGAAUUUGUAAAAAUGCUAUGUCGAAUCCAAAGUCGGAGGAGUCACGUCAAAGUUAUAUCGACAAGAAUCCUUUUGAUGGAUUGAAAAUAGAUGACAAUUCGAUUUUAGAUCUCCUGGAAGGUAGACAUCCGUGUCCAAAAUGUGGAAAGUCCAGAAAAUUUUAUUGUUAUUCUUGUUAUGUACCUAUAAAAGAACUCGAAGGAAAAUUACCUGUAGUGAAACUACCGAUCAAAAUUGAUAUAAUAAAACACAAACAUGAAAUAGAUGGUAAAAGUACCGCAGGACACGCAGCUAUAUUAGCAAAAGAUUAUGUCAAUAUUUACACCUAUCCUGAUAUACCAGACUACGAAAAUGAGAAUGUUGUACUUAUAUUUCCCAGUCAAAAAGCUAUAAGUGUAUCACAAUUAGUAACACAUGGUUUAGAUCAGGACAUUAUUCAUAAGUUCCAGAAUGCACCAUUGGAUGAAUUACCUCCAGGUUUUAAUAGAAGCACGUUAAUGAAAAAAAUUCCAAAGUCCAGGGAGGAAUAUGAAUUUGGAGGAAAUUUUGGACAUUUGCCCAUAACUAGAGCCAUUUUUAUCGACAGUACGUGGAAUCAAAGUAAAAGUAUUUACAAGGAUGAAAGAAUAAAAAGUAUUCCUUGUGUUGUUAUUCAAAAUAGGAUAUCACAAUUUUGGAGACAUCAAAAAGGCAGUCCGAGAUGGUAUUUAGCUACUGUAGAAGCUAUUCAUCAAUUUUUAAUAGAAAUCCAUCUUCACAUGUGGGGUUUGAAUAGAAACUAUGCUGGAAUUUAUAACUGUUUCACUGAAAAAUGUUUGGACCAAUUUAAACUGUUAUAUAAUGAUAAAGAGAAUGCUUAUAAUGGACAGUAUGAUAAUUUAUUAUAUUUUUUCCAACAUAUGUACAAGUUGAUUCAUUCGUAUUAUAGUCAUGAAGAGUUGUAUGCUUAUCAGAGAAGAUUAAUGUAAUACAUUUUUUAUAGCUAUUAGUUUAAUGCCUAAAGGUUCUGAUCCUCCAUGUUCUCCCCCUAUAAAAGUUUUAGUAAAAAAUGUUAAGUUCACUCUGUUUUGACAUAAUAAUUUCCUAUUUAAAAUUGGGCAACCUUGCACGAAUGUAACCCAGACAGAAAUAACACCACUUGUGUUGGGAACCAUUAGGAUUUGUUAAUCUAGUUAAGUGAUACAAAGUGUCCCUUAUUUUACUAAUUUUUGUCUUAUAUUAAUGUGAAGAAUAAUAAAUUUACCUACCUAACAUACUAUUGUAUUUGUUAAAAUUUAUUGUACACUGCUCGCUCCUAAUGGGAACCAACGUCAUAGUUAAGUGAUUCCAAGUGUCCCUUAGACAUUUGAAGUUCCAUUACAUAUCAAAAAACUUUUAUUUUAUAUUGAUGUGACUCUAACUACCAUAAAUAUAAUUUUUUAUCGCUUUUGUAUACAAUAGGAUUUUGGUAUUUAAAGCGGUUUGUCACCAGAUAGUUUGACAUUCGUCGAAUACGGUAGUCGGAUUAUUGAAACUGAAGUUUAAUUGAUUAUUUUCUUGCAUAAUAAAUCAUUUUUACAAAGUA